AUGCCCGUGUUCAGUGGCCUGCUGAAGGUGCGGGUGUGUGAGGCGGUGGACCUGAAGCCCACACCUUGGGCACUGCGUCACGCCGUGGGGAAGAGCGGCUCCUUCCUGCUGGACCCUUACCUGGCCCUGAACCUGGACCAGACCCGGCUCGGCCAGACCGCCACCAGGACCAAGACCAACAGCCCGGCCUGGCACCAGGAGUUCUGCAGCGAGGUCCGCGAGGGCAGGAGUCUGGAGCUGUCCGUGUUCCACGACGCGCCCAUCGGGUACGAUGACUUUGUGGCCAAUUGCACCAUCCAGCUGGAGGACCUGCUGCAGAACGGGACCAGGCACUACGAGGACUGGAUCGACUUGGAGCCGGAGGGGAAGGUGUACGUGGUUAUCGAUCUGUCCGGAUCCUCUACCGAAGCCACCGGGAGCAAUGAGAAUGAGGAGCGGGUGUUUCGAGAGAGGAUCGGCCCUCGCCGGCGACAAGGCGCCGUCCGAAGACGCGUCCAUCAAGUCAAUGGACACAAGUUCAUGGCCACCUACCUGAGACAGCCGACCUACUGCUCACACUGCAGAGAUUUUAUCUGGGGCGUCCUGGGGAAGCAGGGAUACCAGUGUCAGGUGUGUACGUGCGUCGUCCACAAGCGCUGCCAUGAGCUCAUCAUCACCAAGUGUGCCGGGAUGAAGAAGCAGGAGGACACACCUGAUGAGGUGGGCUCACAGCGGUUCAGUGUUAACAUGCCCCAUAAGUUCAGUAUCCACAACUACAAGGUCCCGACCUUCUGCGACCACUGCGGCUCCCUGCUGUGGGGCCUCAUGAGGCAGGGCCUGCAAUGCAAAGUUUGUAAGAUGAACGUGCACAGGCGGUGUGAGUCCAACGUAGCUCCUAACUGCGGCGUGGACGCCCGAGGAAUCGCUAAGGUCCUGGCCGACCUGGGAGUCACGCCUGACAAGAUCUCCAACACCGCUCAGCGCAGGAGGAAGUUGACUCCAGGGCAGGACCCUCCCCAGUCUCCUCCUGAGCUCUCCCAGACUGAGAACAGCUUCACCAAGCCAGCUGUCCCCACCUCCCCCUCACAGCAGGACUUGGCACAGUUAGAUCGCCUGCAGGACGCGCUGUCACUCGACCAGCAGGGACCCCAGCACUCCUCCUCCUCCUCCACCACCUCCUCCUCCUCCUCGUCCUCCUCCUCGGCAGGCAGGGAGAACGGACAGAUCCAGAGGAGGAGCCUCAAGGACUUCAACUUCAUCAAGGUUCUCGGCAAAGGCAGCUUCGGCAAGGUGAUGUUGGCCGAGCUGAAGGGGACGGAGGAGGUUUACGCCGUCAAAGUGUUGAAGAAGGACGUGAUCCUGCAGGACGACGACGUGGACUGCACCAUGACGGAGAAGCGCAUCCUGGCCCUUGCCCGCCGACACCCCUACCUCACCCAGCUCUACUGCUGCUUCCAGACACGGGACCGUUUGUUUUUUGUCAUGGAAUAUGUGAACGGAGGAGACCUGAUGUUCCAGAUUCAGCGAUCCAGGAAGUUUGAUGAGUCUCGCUCUCGUUUCUACGCCGCCGAAGUCACUUCAGCCCUCAUGUUCCUGCACCGCAACGGGGUCAUCUACAGGGAUCUGAAGCUGGAUAACAUCCUGCUGGAUGCAGAGGGACACUGUAAGCUGGCGGACUUCGGCAUGUGCAAAGAGGGCAUCAAGAACGGAGUGACCACCACCACCUUCUGUGGCACGCCCGACUACAUCGCCCCCGAGAUCCUGCAGGAGCUGGAGUAUGGAGCCUCAGUGGACUGGUGGGCGUUGGGGGUGCUGAUGUAUGAGAUGAUGGCCGGACAGCCUCCGUUUGAAGCCGACAACGAGGACGACUUGUUCGAGUCGAUUCUCCAUGACGACGUGCUCUACCCCGUGUGGCUCAGCAAAGAAGCUGUUUCCAUCCUCAGAGCGUUCAUGACCAAGAACCCGGCCAAGCGUCUGGGCUGCGUGGUGAGCCAGGGCUGUGAGGAGGCCAUCAAGACCCACGCCUUCUUCAGAGAGAUCGACUGGGUGCUGCUGGAGCAGAGGAAAGUCAAACCACCCUUUAAACCCCGAAUUAAGACCAAGCGAGAUGUGAAUAACUUCGACCAGGACUUCACCAAGGAGGACCCCGUGUUGACGCCCACCGACGAGGCCAUCAUCCGACAGAUCAACCAGGAGGAGUUCAAGGACUUCUCCUACUGUGCCCCCGAGGACACGCAAACCUAACACACACACACACACACACACACACACACACACGUAUCCAACAACACUAAACCUGGAACGCAUGUAUGCACACAUCGCUGACAUUCAUACAUGUGUAGAAAC